AGUCAUGGCCCAAACUAGUAGCCAUGGCCACUCCAAGCUGAGUUUUCUCACCAAUGACCACAGACUCUUGGAAUUUGUCCACCCAGAGACAGAGGUGGUCACUUGGUGGGAGAUGAAGAAGAGCCAUGGAUUACUACAGAAAACAUGCAGCUGUCAUUCUGGCCACGUUGUCUGUGUUUCUGCAUAUUCUUCAUUCCUUUCCUGAUGGAGAGUUUAUAAUGCAGGGUUGCCCAGAAUGCAAGCUAAAGGAAAACAAAUACUUCUCCAAGCUGGGUGCCCCAAUUUAUCAAUGCAUGGGCUGCUGCUUCUCCAGAGCGUAUCCCACUCCAGCUAGAUCCAAGAAGACAAUGUUGGUUCCAAAGAAUAUCACCUCAGAAGCCACGUGCUGCGUAGCCAAAGCAUUUACCAAGGCCACAGUAAUGGGAAACACCAAAGUGGAAAACCACACGGAGUGCCACUGCAGUACUUGUUAUUAUCACAAAUCUUAAACAUUUUGCAAAGUGCUGUGUUGAUGAUUGCUGAUUUUCUGGAAUGGAAAAUUAAUUUGUUCAGUGUUUAUGGCCUUGUGAGAUAAAAUCCUCCUCUGCCUUACCAUACCACUUUUGACAUGCUUUGAGGAUAUAUUGCAGCUUUAUUGCCUUUCUCUUUAUCCUACAGCAUAAUCGGCAGUUAGUUCUUUUUGUUUGGAAUGCAAUACAGCAUUUAGCAGGACUAUAA